AUGUUAGGUCCAACGUCUAUAUUGUCAGGACGGCACUGGCAAGAACGGAUUCUAAACUUCACGCCAGCCUGGUUCAUGGUUGCAAUGGGAACUGGCGCAAUCCAGCAAGCGCUCGUGAACUUCCCAUAUCCUAUUACCGGCGCAUCCUACUGGAUGCGGAACCUGGGGUACUGUUUCUGGAUUCUUGACAUCUUACUUUUCUGCUUCUUUACGGUGAUGCUAGCGGUUCGCUACAUAACGCAUCCUACCCUCAUAAAUAAAAACAUCACCGAGUUUCCUAGCUCCUCCUAUUUUGGAGCCAUACCAAUCGCGCUCGACACGAUUAUCAUCGGUAUAGUAUCUUACUAUAACUACCGUCCUAGUGCUAUGUGGGUCGCAUUUGGCCUGUGGUGGGUAGCUCUAGCCUUAACCUUACUGGUUAGUAUAGGUCUACUUAUCGUGCAGGUCUCGGGGCAGCCACAGCACAGCAUUACGGAUGUAGCGGGACUUUGGCUUAUGACGUGCGUUCCGAUGCUGGUUACUGCUGCAACUGGCUCAACUAUCAUCCAGUAUCUUGGGACGAUCAGUACGAAAUGCAGCAUUACUAUACUGAUCAUCUCGUUCCUGCUCUGGAGCCUGGGCACUACUCAGAUCCACUUGAUUAUUGCCGUGUACUUCUGGCGCCUGGUCUCCUCGAAGCUGCCUCCGAAUCAGCUUCUGGCUUCAGGCUUUCUGCCCUUGGCACCGCUUGGCCAAGGCGCAUACGGCAUCCAGCAAUUGUCCAUCUACCUCGCCAAUUAUCUCCGGACACAGCACUAUGCCCCCACUCAAUCCUCUCCCCCACCGCUUCCCCAAGGCACGUUGGACUCCACCGCCGAAGUGAUCCACUGGCUAGGCAUUCUCCUCUCCCUCUUCUUCCUCGCGCAUGCCACAUUCUGGCUCGUCCAAGCUAGCUCAGCGAUGAUCUCUCGCAAGCCCAAGUCCUUCAAUAUCGGCAUGUGGGGCCUUACCUUCCCAAUAGCGUCGUACGCCAACGCAUGGUCAUACCUCAGCCGCGACUUGCGCAACGACGGUAUGCGAGGAUGGGCGGCAACGACUACGGUCGCUGUCGUUGUUAUUUGGCUUGUCCUUGCGCUCAUAACGACGUGGCUGGGGUUAUUCAAGGGCGAGCUGUUCAAUGAGCCUGGACUGGAAGAGUGGAUCCCUCAGGAGAAGAGGGAUGAAGAAACUGAGACCGGGCAGUCCAGUGGUCAGAGUAGCUCGAGCGAGCAGGAUGGCAGUGCCAACAGACGGCAAGGGAGAGAAGCGGAUCAAGCGUAG